CUGCCGCUUUGCUCCAUCCCCGUAACUCACCUUGGGAAGGAGUGGAGGGAGGCGGCCCUCCUUGCACAGAGACCUGCAGUGAGGAGAGCUACGGAGCAGCCAAAGGGAUCCAUCCCCACUCCUUGUGACAGCCAUGAAGAGAAACACCCUCCUCAUCCUCUCCAUCACAGGGGUCUACAGUGCCAUUCUCCACACAGCAGCAUGGUCUGUGAAUAACUUUCUGAUGACAGGACCUAAGGCUUACCUGACGUUCUCCAGCAGCGUGGCAGCCGGGGCACACAGUGGGAUGGAGGAGUGCAAGUUCCAGUUCGGGUGGGAGCGCUGGAACUGCCCCGAGAGCGCCCUGCAGCUCUCCACCCACAACCGGCUCCGCAGCGCUACCCGGGAAACCUCCUUUGUGCACGCCAUUAGCUCGGCCGGGGUCAUGUACACCCUCACCAGGAACUGCAGCCUGGGAGACUUCGAGAGCUGCGGCUGUGACGACUCCAGGAACGGCCGCGUCGGUGGCCGAGGCUGGGUCUGGGGAGGAUGCAGUGACAACGUGGAGUUCGGGGAGAAGGUUUCCAAGCUCUUCGUGGAUGCCUUGGAAACUGGGCACGAUACCCGCGCUCUGAUUAACCUGCACAACAACGAAGUCGGGAGGCUUGCAGUGAAAGACACAAUGAAGAGAGCCUGCAAGUGCCACGGGGUGUCAGGCAGCUGCAGCAUCCAGACCUGUUGGCUGCAGCUCGCUGAGUUCCGCGAGAUUGGCAACUACCUGAAGAUCAAAUACGACCAAGCCCACAAGCUGGAGAUGGACAAGAGGCGCCUGAGAGCCGGCAACAGCGCUGACAGCCGUGGGGCCACGGCAGAGACCUUCCACCACAUCCAUGCCACAGAGCUCAUCUUUCUGGAGGACUCCCCUGACUACUGCACCAGGAACGCCAGCCUGGGCCACCACGGCACCGAGGGCCGUGAGUGCCUGCAGACCGGCAAGAACCUCUCGCAGUGGGAGAAGAGGAGCUGCCGGCGGCUCUGCACCGAAUGCGGCCUGCGGGUGGAGGAGCGCAGGACAGAGGUGGUGGCCAGCUGCAACUGCAAGUUCCACUGGUGCUGCACCGUGCGCUGUGAGCAGUGCCGGACGCUGGUGGCCAAACAUUUCUGCACCCGCCGCGACUCCGCCGCCCCCAACCACAUCAGGCAAAGGAACAGGGGCCACAGGAGAUAGGGG